AUGAUUACAUCUCGUUACUGGACCCAUUUCACCUGGAUCAGUCUACUUUAUUAUCCCUCUUCAUUAGAACGCUAUCUUCACUACAUCCAUCAUUUCUUCUCAAAGCUUCCAAUCUUUUGUGAUUUCUCUUCAAGUUUAUCUUACAAUUAUGCUAACUGUGCUAUCUAGACUUUACUAAAACUCAUGUUAAAUAGUGAUUUAUCAAUUUAUCAAGUUAUCUGAGAUGUUUACAUAUAAUAAUUACUUUAGUUAAAAUAAUAAAUAAUGAAGAGUAUAGGAAGUGAUUGACAAAGUUUGUUCAUAAAUUAAGGUUUAAAAUAAUUGAAAAAAAAGUAAAAAACAAAACGAAAUUACGUAGUGAGUUUAUCGAUUCAUAACUCGUUGACCGAAUUUUACGUCUUGCCCCGCGUUCUUAUUGUGUCAAGUGCGCAGGCAUGAAAAUCGCCAAGUUCGAAAUCACAAAUUUAAAAUGACAAUAAUCAAUGAGUGGACUAAGUCAAUUCAAAUAUAAAAGAAAUCAAUGUAGUUAAAUAAAUAAUUAAUAACUCAUUCAAAUAGUGUAUCGCACAAAUAAGCCUAAAAUCAGGCAAAUAUCAUUAGAAUAAAAUUUACCUCCACUACUAAAACGUUAUUAUAAAUGAUGAAGCUAAUGUACUGUAUUAUUUUCAUUCUGGCAGCAGGUUACAUACAUGUUGGAGGAACAUCAACAAAUUCUCCAGUAAAUCGUGGAGCUGCUCGUCAAAUGUAUGGUAGUGCAAGUCUUCGAGAAACUGGAAGUGCUGCUACUGUUAUUAGCACAACUGAACUUCCACAUCAUCAAGAUAAUUUGAAGGAGCAUGAGAAUAGCAAAAAUCACAUUACACCUGAUCAAAAACAUAAUUAUCCAGUUCAAAAAAAUACAGAACAUCUAACGAAUAUUCAUGGCUACAAUGGCGAUCCUGAUUUUUAUCCUGGAUUCUUAAAUCCCGAACGUGAUUUUGAUGAAUCUCUUGAUGUGCCAAGUUAUCGAAAUGGUGCACCAGUUAAUGGUGGAUUUUAUGGUCAAGGGAAGUCGGGAAAUUUAGGUAAAAGUAUAUUCGAGCGACCCCGCAGUGGUGUUUAUGGCAGUUAUGAUAAUGGAGGAUACGGUGAACUUCCUGACCGAGUACGAAUACAUCAUGGGCUGUCUCGAGGUCACGGAAUUAAUCCAUCAGGUAAUGCCGACUUACAAAGUCACUCCGGUCAAGGAGAAAAGACUUUGAUUCAUGAAUUAGACGAUGAAAGUGAAUUAAAUAAUGGAUAUGCUUGGUAUACAUGUGCUUCCAAGUGUACGAUGGAACAAUUUCUAUGUAUCACUACUUGUACUUGUAUCAAUUUAGAUCAUCGUUGUGAUGGAUCUAUUGAUUGUGAAAAUGGAGAAGAUGAAAUGGAAUGUGAAGAAAUUUUUGAAGCCAGAAGGGGUAAUGAAACUUGUCGAGGGGAAAGUAAAAUUCUUUGUCCUGAAUCAGGUUUAUGUAUUUCUCAACAAUGGCUUUGUGAUGGUGAUAAUGAUUGUGGAGAUUAUUCAGAUGAAUCUAAUUGUGGUAAUAAAAGGAAUUGUACCACUGAUCAGUUUGAAUGCAGAGAUAAAUUAUGUAUACCUCAACUUUGGCGCUGUGAUGGAGAAAAAGACUGUCCUGAUUAUUCUGAUGAAGAAAAUUGUAAUGGCCAAAGACAAUGUAAACCUUAUGAAUUUGCCUGCCCUUACAUCGGUGGUCCAUGCAUAUUAAAACGAUUUUUAUGUGAUGGUGAAGACGAUUGUGCGGAUGGCUCUGAUGAAUUUGCAUGUCAUGGAAUUCAUGAAGUUUUCUGUGAUUCUAAUCAUUUUGAAUGUAGAACUCCUAAAUGUAUUAGAAAAGAAUAUAGAUGUGAUGGAACUGAUGACUGUGGAGACGGAAGUGAUGAAGAGGAUUGUUUUGGAAUUUGCUCAUCUAAUGAAUUAAAAUGCAUUAACGGAUCGUGUAUAAGCCACUCAUUAGUUUGCAAUGGUCACUGGGAUUGCAAAUAUGGUGAUGAUGAAGUUGGAUGUAAAGAUUUCACUUUAGCAAAAAAUACAACUUGUAUUCCUGAUGAAUUCUCAUGUCCUACUGGUGAAUGUAUUCCACAUUCUUGGGUCUGUGAUGGUGUCCCUGAUUGUCCAAAUGCCAGAGAUGAAGACGAAUGUCCAGAUAUUUGUCCUACUUCUCAAUAUCUAUGUAAAGCAUCAUCUGUUCGCAAUAAUUCAUCAAGUUCCAUAAAUCACCUCAUCAUACCUUUUACACAUUUUUAUUGUAUAUCGAAAAAACGUCUUUGUGAUGGCUUUCCUGAUUGUCCAUUAAAAGAUGAUGAAAAAGACUGUCCAACCAAAAGGAAAUGCACUGCUAACGACAAAUGUACUCAACAAUGUAUUUUAACAUCGAAUAACGAAGACGCAUGUGCUUGUGAUACUGGUUUUAUUCUAGGACCUGACAAUUUUACAUGUCUGGAUAUAAAUGAAUGUGAAUUCCAACGUGAGCCAGUGUGUAGUCAGCUUUGUAAUAAUACUAUUGGUUCUUUUAUGUGCGAAUGCAUUACUGGAUAUGUAUUACGACCAGAUUUAAGAACUUGCAAAGCUAUUGGAGGCAAUCCUACCAUAAUAUUUGCUAACCGUGUAGAAAUUCGACAAAUGGGUCUUGAAUCUUAUUCAAGUUCAAAAUACAACUCUAUCAUUAAAGGACUUUAUAAUGCCGUUGGAUUGGAUUACGAUUAUAAAAACGGUUUAAUAUAUUGGUCAGAUAUAUCUUUAGAUACAAUCAAUAGAGUCAAUAUGAACGGCAGCCAUUCAGAAGUUGUGAUUCAUUCAGGUGUUGGUAGUUCUGGAGGUAUAGCAAUCGAUUGGAUUCACAAUUUACUCUUUUGGACAAAUGAAAAAAAUCGAAGGAUUGGAGUAUUGACUUUAGAUACAAAAAUAGGAUAUUUGUUGAUAUAUCAAGAUAUUGACAAGCCUCGGGCUAUUGCUGUACACCCACACUAUGGUUAUAUUUUUUGGACAGAAUGGGGUCCCAACCCUCGAAUUGAAAGAGCUGAUAUGGAUGGUACUGGCAGAGUUCAUAUAAUUCGUGAUUCUAUCACUUGGCCAAAUGGUUUAUGUAUUGAUUACUCAACUGAUAGAUUAUAUUGGACUGAAGCGAAACAUCGGAUAAUUAUGUCUGCUAACUUAGACGGAACGGAUAAAAAAAAAAUCAUUAGCAGAGGUCUUCAUCAUCCUUUUGCUAUAACAGUUUUUGAAGAUUCAAUAUAUUGGACAGAUUGGCAUUUAAAAAGUAUUUAUACUGCAAAUAAAAAAACUGGGCGAGAUUUCAAAGUAAUCCAAUCAAAUCUUCACUUUCCAAUGGAUAUUCAAGUUUAUCACAAACAAAGACAACCUACAUAUGCUAAUCAUUGUGGUGAAAACAAUGGUAAAUGUUCACAUAUUUGUCUACCUAAUAGUAAGGGUUUCAGUUGUGCUUGUCCAAUUGGACUUACUCUCAAUCGUACAACAAAUACUUGUACGUUAGAAGAUUUUCUAAUUCUUGCACGAAAAAAUGAAUUGAGAUUAAUUGACAGUUAUGUUUCACCGCUUAAAAGAGAUGCUAUCAUUCCAGUAGACAAUGUAAGAAGUGCAGUUGCAUUAGCUUGGGAUCGUCAAGAAGAAGACAUGAUUUAUUGGACUGAUGUAGAAUUAAAUUCAAUCAGCCGAGCCCAUCUCAAUGGAACAAACCAAAGUUUUGUAAUCAAUAAUAAUCUAGAAUCACCGGCUGGACUGGCUUUAGAUUGGAUUGGGAGAAAACUUUAUUGGACUGAUGCAGGAACAAAUCGAAUUGAGUGUUCAAACCUUGAUGGAAGCAUGCGGGCAUUGUUAAUCUAUCAAGAUCUUGACAAACCUCGUGACAUUGUUGUUGAUCCAACAACUGGAUACAUGUAUUGGAGUGAUUGGGGAGCAAAACCUAAAAUUGAACGAGCAGCUAUGAAUGGGGAUGAUCGUCAAGUAAUUAUAGGUGAAAAUGUUAUGUGGCCAAAUGGAUUAUCAAUUGAUUUCAAAGACAAACGACUUUACUGGGCAGAUGGAGGCAUGAAAAGUAUAGAAUAUUUGGAACUCAAAGGCAAUAGAAAACGUGUUAGACGUCUAUCUGAGUUAUCUCAUCCUUUUGGUCUUGUAGUACAUAAGAACGAUAUUUAUUGGACUGACUGGGAUACUAAAAGUAUCCAUCAUGUUCACAAAGACAAAGGAAAAUCUAUUAAUGUCAUCAAGUCCAAUAUUUCAGGACUUAUGGAUGUAAGACUGUUUCAUCGAGAUCGAACUAUUGUUCCUAAUCCGUGUGCCAAAGAUAAUGGAAAGUGUUCUCAUCUUUGUUUAUUAGCUCCUGAAUCAAUUCAACCUCAGAAAUACUCAUGUGUUUGUCCAAUUGGUUUAAUACUUGAGCCAAAUUCGGACAAUAAACAAUGUCGAAAGAUGCCAAACGAUUUUAUAAUUUUUGCCCAUCGUAUAGACAUCAGAUUUAUAUCUUUUGAUACUGAUUAUCGAGUAGAUGUUGUAAUUCCUCUCGACUCUUUUGUUAACACAACUGGAGUCGACGUAGAUCGCAAAACUGGUGAAAUUUAUUGGACAGAUCCAGGUGAAGAUGUUAUUAGUCGAGCUAGUUUUGAUGGAAGUCGCAUUGAAAAUAUAAUCACUAGCGGUAUCGAUACUGUUGAUAGCAUGGUUAUUGAUUCUAUUGGUCGUAAGAUCUAUUGGACUGAUGCGGGAUUAAAUAGUAUAGAAGUCGCAGAAUUAAAUGGCAGUAAUAGAAAAGUUCUCAUUGGAUCAGGACUUGACAAUCCUCGAGCUAUUGCACUUCAUUAUGCAAAGGGAUUGUUAUUUUGGACAGAUUGGGGUCAAAAUGCUAGAAUUGAACGUGCUAAUAUGGAUGGCAAUGAACGAAUGGCUAUUAUUACAGAAAAUCUUGUUUGGCCUAAUGGCCUUUCAAUUGAUGUCAUUAAUAAUAAACUUUAUUGGAAUGAUGCUGAAAGAAAGGUAAUUGAAGUCUCAGAAUUAGAUGGUUCUCAUCGAAAAGUUAUUAUUAAAAAUGUUCAACAUCCAUAUGGACUAUCGGUAAUGGGAGAUUAUAUAUACUGGAGUGACUGGAUGACUAAAUCUAUUCACCAAGCAAAUAAAAAUACCGGAAAAGAUUCUAAAAUUAUCGUUAGCAAACUUGAUGGGAUAAUGGACAUUAGGGUUGUGAAUUUUCAUGACAUUGAUAACUUGGAAAAUUUAUGUGGUAAUAAUAAUGGAGGCUGUUCUCAUUUAUGCCUUCGCAAUCCACGAGGCUACUCUUGCGCUUGUCCCACAGGAAUUCUUCUAAUGGAUGAUCAAAAAACAUGUCAAAAUAGUCCAAAUAAUUUUUUACUUAUCACUGGCCAGAAAUCUCUAGCCCAAAUAUCGCUAGAUACACCUGAAUUGAGAGAUGUUGAUUUACAUCUUAAUGUCCAUCAAGUUGAUUCUGUUGAUUUCCAUUGGAAGAAAAAUUUAAUCAUUUAUACAGAUAAUUUAAAAAAAAAUGAUGUUUAUUUACGAUAUGUACGAACAGUGAAUAUUCAUAAUAUGUCUGACAUUAAAACAGUUAUUGCCGAACGGUCAGAUUCAUUCUAUCAAAUAGCAGUUGAUUGGUUGGCUAAUAAUCUUUAUUUAGUUGAUCAACGAAAAAAUACAAUUGAAGUAGUAAAACUUGAUGGAAGUAGUCGCAAGUGUCUUAUUAAUGAAACAGUAAAUAAUAGUUAUCAGUGGUUUUCUAGUAUAAUUUUAUUUCCAAAAUAUGGAUACAUGUUUUGGAGUCAAUGGGGAAAACAUGUAAAUAUUCAACGGGCUUAUCUUGACGGAUCCAAUAGAAAAGUAAUAAUAUCUAGUGAUUUACUAGAUCCAAAUGGAUUAUCAAUUGAUUAUGAAAAUAAGAAACUCUAUUGGGCAGAUAUGAAAAGUAAUAGAAUUGAAAUGUCUGAUUUAAAUGGUAAUUAUCGAGUUCAAUUAAUCGCUGCUGCUAACAAUCCAUUUGGACUAACGCAGCUUGGAGAAUUCAUCUACUGGAUAGGACAGAUAGGAAAUAAUCCUGUGUUAAUGAGAGUUGAUAAAGCCACUGGACGUAAUAGAAUUAGUAUUAGAACAUCUGUGAAUCUUGUUACAAAUAUAAAAGCUGUGUCAAGUGAUAUACAGCAAGGAUGGUCACCUUGUGUAAUUGAUAAUGGUGGAUGCAGUCAUUUAUGUCUUUUUACAAAACGUAAUUACACGUGUGCUUGUCCUGAUGUUAAAGAGACUAAUUGUUCUACAAUACCAAAUAAACAAGUACCUUUGAGACAACCAGGAAAAAUCUAUGAUCCAGAUGAUGAAUAUAAUGAAGAUGAAAAACCGUUCGAAGUUAUUCCAAAAAUUACUUCUCAUAAAGAUAAUGAUGAAAAAUUUCGAAAUAUAAAAAAUAACAAAGAUAAAACCUACACAACGAUGACGAUAACUAUUGGAAUUAUUACAACAAUAACUAUUAUUAUUUUUGUUGCGAUAAUUUAUUUAAUAUGCCAAAGGAAGCCAAAACAAGAAAAAUAUAACUAUUCUAGUCGAAGAAAUGUUUUAACAUUUUCCAAUCCGAAUUACAGUGCUGAUAUUGGAGCUAACAAUUCCCAAUCUGAAAACAGAUUUAUUUUAAAACGAAUCAAACGUGAAAGACCGCAGGAAAGAGUUUAUGAAGAUAACGGACAUACUUCAAGCCCUGAAGUAGUUUCUUUGAUUCCUCCAACGGCAACACCAUCAAGUAGUCGAGCUCCCUCAAUUACACCGAGAGAUUCACCGACUUCAAUACGCAUCAGUUAACUUUUAAGCUGAUAAUGAAUUUGCAUUAAAAACUUUGCAAAUUUGCAAAUAAAAACCAAAACAUGGAUUGAAUCAUCUUGAUAAUUUUAAAUCACUUUUUUCUCUGAAAAAUGUAAAAGAGUUUAUAAUUUUUGUUAUUUAUGAAAAAACGAAUAAUUUGAUAGUUUUAUAGAAAGAAUAGCUAGUUUUAUUGACUUUUCGUAAAUAGAAACAAAUUGUAAACACGAAAAAUUAAGCUUUAAAAAAUGUUUUCGGUUCACAGGAAUUGCGUAUACUAAAAACAAAUAGUAUUAUUUAAUGUAAUUAUUUUGAUAUUAAUUGAUAGAUUUUAUUUUAUGAAAGGAAAAAAAUUGUUAUAGAUUAGGAAUUUAAUGAAUAUGAUGGAACAAAGUAGUUGCACAUAGAUGUCCUGAAUUAAUUACUCAAUGAUAUUUGAAUUCAACUAAUAUUGAAAAUUAUAAUAUUUGGAUUAUUAUUAAAUUUAUAUUGAAAUACAAAUAUAAUAAUUUUAUUUUUUCGAAAUACAUAUGUUUCGAUAAAAUUUGUUGAAUUCAAAUGUAACGGAGUACCUAAAUUCAUUUCUAUGUACAAAUGCCAAAAAAAUUCACUUACCUGAAUAAGUGGUAGAAUGCUCAAAAAAUUAUAAACAUUGAAUUCAUAUAUUUCUGUAGAACUUCAGCUAUUUACAGCAUAUUUGUAUAUUAAUAUUCGAAUUUAAAUUUUAAAAUUCAUAU